AGAGAGAGAGAGAGAGAGAGAGUCUUUUAGCUGAGAAAAUAGUAGGCUUUUGUAACUUUUCCAACACUUUUAGUGCAAUUAUAUUGCCGUCCAUUCAGUUGUAAAAUCAUUAGUUUUGUAAACUUUUAGUCUGUGUUUGAAUUACAACUGGAGAGCUCUCAUACAGUGCACACUAUGUGAGUGAGUGUCCCAACACAACAAAUACUCCUUUAGUGAAAAUAAAAGUUUUUUUUGAAGCUUACAAUCAAUUUAAUUAAGUCUAUGAAUGUGUCAUUCAAAUAGUUAAUUAUUAUAAUGAAGAAUAAAUUAAAAUUAAUGAGACAUUGGUUUUGUGUGUUAUUUAUAUUACAAUAUAUCGAUCAUUCAUUUUCUUCUAAUUAUUCAAGAUGUGACACAUAUAUAGACAACUGUGGUGUUUGUGGUGGAAAUGGCAAUACAUGUCGAAGAGUUGAAGGAGUGUUUGAUUUGGAUAAAUUAAGAGUCGGUUAUAAUGACAUAUUGUUGAUACCAACCGGUGCUACAAAUAUUAGAAUUGAGGAGAGAUUUGCUACAAAUAACUAUUUAUCGGUCCGUAAUAUUAAUGGACAGUAUUAUUUGAAUGGGAACUGGAGAAUACAGUUUCCCAGAAACUAUACAUUUGCCGGAACGACAUUCUCUUAUUAUUCAAGAAGAAAACCAUUUGGCAUAUUAUCUCCUGAAAGUCUUCGAGCAAACGGACCGACAACAGAGCCAUUGRUUAUUGUAUUGUUAUUUCGAGAAAAAAAUAAAGGAUUGGUAUUUGAAUAUACAGUUCCUACUGAUAGUCAAAUUCCUGGUCAGCAUUCACUUUAUACAUGGAUUUCGACAGACUUUUCUCAAUGUAGCAAAACUUGUGGAUCAGGCAUUCAAACGAGAUCUGUUAAUUGUGUCAGAGUUAUGGAUCACUUGCCGGUGACCGACUCUCUCUGUGAUUUAAGUGGCCGACCCAUUGAUAAUCAAAUAUGUAACGCUCAGCCCUGUGCUAAUUGGUUUACUUCAGACUGGACACAAUGCUUAUGUCAUUACGGUAUUCAACAUCGACUGGUAUAUUGUCAUUCAUCGAGUGAAGAACAGAGCGGAAAAAUUUUGGCCGAUAAUGAAUGUCUUCAACUCAACCAAACAAAACCAACUUCUUUACAGAAAUGCAAACUUGAAAAAGAUUGUGCCGUUUGGAGAACAGGUGAUUGGCAAAAGUGUAAUUCAAACUGUGGUCCGGGAACUCAAGUGCGAGAAGUGAACUGUACUUUAAUGGACCAAAUAGUGAACGAAUCAGACUGUGAAGUCAAUGUUCGUCCGAUAGAUACUCAAGAAUGCAAUGAUAUUUCAUGUGAUGGCGUCGAUUGGAUGACAUCUGAAUGGAGUUCUUGUGAUGAACAUUGCGGACCAAAUAUGCAAACGAGGAAAGUUGUCUGUUCUGAUCAAUUCGGGACUAUAUUUCCAUCUGAAGCCUGUGAUGUUAGCCGAAUGCCUCAAACUAGUCGGUUAUGUAGUGAAGAGCCUGAAUGUACAUCUAUUUGGUACACUUCUGAAUGGAGUUAUUGUAGUACUAAGUGUGGUAAUGGCGUACAAACAAGACAUGUCUUCUGUGGACAUACUAAUGAAAACUCUGAAAUUAUUAAAGAUGAAGACUCUCAAUGCAUUUCUGAUAAACCCCAGAACGUUUCAGUCUGUCAUCAAACUAAUUGCACCGGUAGUUGGAUGUCUGCACAAUUUGAUAUGUGCACUGUUCCAUGUAGUGGCGGUCAAAAAUCAAGAAAAGUCAUUUGCUUAAACUUAACUAAUAAUGUGGUCUCAGAUGAAGACUGUGGUUCAGAUCUAAAGCCGAUUAUCAAAGAAGAUUGCAAUACAAAUGAAUGCAAUGAAGAUAUUUUGAUUGCUGUAACAGAUUGUAAGAAUUCCAAGUAUGGGUGUUGUCCGGAUGGCAUAACACCUUCUGAACAAUUAUAUAGCAAUUGUUCACCAAUUGAUAUAACAAAUGGAUGUAAUUCCACUGAAUUUGGUUGUUGUAAGGAUUUAGAAACGGCUGCUUUCGGACCUUUUCAAAAGGGAUGUCCCAUUCGGUGUAAUUUUACUCGAUUUGGGUGUUGUCCGGAUGGCAUCACUGUUGCCAAUUCAAGCACUUUAGAUGAAUGCCCACAACCAACACAAGAAACUACAAUAGUUACCACUCCUGAAACUACAACUACAGAAGUAGUUAUUACUACAACUAUGAUUUCUGAAGAAUUUGAGAAUUUGAGUUUAACAAAAUCUGAUUGCAUUGGAGAGGGAUCAGGGGAUUCACCUGACAUCUCAUGUGGUGAAAGCACUGAGAAGGAUGUGGACACACAAAGUGAAAAGUCUUCCGAUGGCGGCUGCAAGACAUCAACAUAUGGUUGUUGUCCCGAUGGCGUAACUGCUGCUUCGGGUAGUGAUGGUGACGGAUGUAUUGAAGGAAGUGGUGAUGUUGGAGAAGUGGAUUGUAAAGAUGAAUCGUGUAUUCCUGAAAUUACAACUGAAAUUAUUGAUUGUAAUGCAACUGAGUUUGGAUGUUGUCCUAAUGGCAAGAAAGCGGCCACUGGUCCCCGAUAUUAUGGCUGCACGUGUCAGGAUUUUGCCAACGGGUGCUGUCAAGACAAGUAUACUCCGGCUGAAGGACCAAAUUAUGAGGGCUGUGUUUGUUCCCGUAUGCUUUAUGGGUGCUGUAAUGAUGGUGUUACCCCAGCAAUUGGUCCAAAUUCUGAAGGAUGUAGUUGUGAGGCAUCAACUUAUGGUUGUUGUCCUGAUAUGGUCUCUCAAGCAAAGGGAUCAAAUUAUGUUGGAUGUCCAUGUGAUUCGUUAACUUAUGGUUGUUGUCCUGGAUCAAUUACUCCAGCAACUGGACCUAACUUUGAAGGCUGUUCUUGUGCUAAUACACCAUUUGGUUGUUGUCACGAUGGAAUUACUAUAGCAUAUGGACCCAAAUUUGAGGGCUGUCCAUCCGGACCAUCACUUGACUUGAAAUUAGCUUCAGAAGUUUGUGGUCUGAAUAAAGAGAGGGGUUCGUGUCGUAAUUAUACUGUUAAAUGGUAUUUUGAUGUCACAUAUGGCGGAUGUAACCGAUUUUGGUACGGAGGGUGUGAGGGAAAUGGCAAUAGAUUUUCAUCACAAGAACAAUGCGAGUUAUCGUGUGUUAAACCUGAGGGUCCAGAAAAAUGUGCGCUUCCGAAGGUUAGCGGACCGUGCAAUGGAUCGUACGUUAUGUGGCACUUCACUACUGAAUCAAGAAGUUGUCAACAAUUUAUAUAUGGAGGAUGUCUUGGAAAUACUAAUAAAUAUGAUACUAAAGAAGUGUGUGAACAGUCAUGUGUCCAUCAAGAGACUGUUCUCGAUAGGUGUGAUCAGUCACCAUCAGUUGGUCCGUGUCGUGGAAACUACGAGCGCUGGUAUUAUCGUAAAGAAGAGGGUCGUUGUCUGCCAUUUAAUUAUGGCGGCUGUAAAGGCAAUCAAAAUAACUUUCAAUCGGAGGAAGAAUGUCGUAACUCUUGUGGAUCACAAACAGCUCAAGAAAUUUGUGCCUUUCCUAAAGCAGAGGGUCCCUGUUUGGGGUCAUUCCCGCGUUGGUAUUAUGAUAACGACUUUGGUAUUUGUCGGGAAUUUAUUUACAGCGGGUGUGAGGGUAAUAAAAACAGAUUUGUCGAUAAAGGCAACUGUGAGAGGAUGUGCAACCAGACUAAAGUCAUGGCUAGAGCUGAAAGUGUGUGUUCACUACCCAGAGAGGAGGGCCCCUGUAGAGCAGCUAUUAUCCAAUGGUAUUUCAAUCAAGAAACUCGACGCUGUGAAAGAUUUUAUUACGGCGGUUGUGAGGGAAAUGGCAACCGUUUUGAUGACAGAGCCUCUUGUGAGCGUUCGUGUCUAUUCGCGCACUGGGAUCGCAAUAUAUGCCAUCAACCUAAAGAACCGGGAAAUUGUUUUGAUUAUAGAGAGCGCUGGUAUUACGAUCAAAAAGAUAGAAAGUGUCAUCGUUUUUAUUACUCUGGAUGUAAGGGUAAUGAAAAUAAUUUUAAUUCAUUUGAAGACUGUUCCCAAAAGUGCGGACCAUUUUCUGUUGUGUCAACUGAGUUAUCGGUCAAACAUUUUAAGACAGAAUAUUGUUUCAAAUCCUAUGAGUCGGGUCCUUGUCUUCAAAAUGAAAUUCGUUGGUUUUAUGACAGAACUGAUGGCGUUUGUAAGGAAUUCCUAUACGGCGGGUGUGAAGGCAAUGAAAACAGGUUUACUUCUCGUAGCGAUUGUGAGGCCAAGUGUUGGAACUCACAGAAUAUCUGCAAACUGGAAAAAGUUGUCGGUUCCUGUUCCGGGCGUUUCACUCAAUGGUAUUUUGAUAGCAAUUCUAAUGAAUGUCUUGAAUUCCUCUUCAGCGGAUGUCAUGGAAAUGCUAACCGAUUCAAUAGUAAAGAGAUGUGUGAUGCCCAGUGCAAGUCACACACUUCAAGCGCAAGUGUUGGCACUGUAUCGACGGUUCACAAUAUCUGCGAUCAGUCACAUAUUGCCGGUCCCUGUCGGGGGUACUUUCCCCGAUGGUUUUAUUCUCGUGAAGAUAAUCAAUGUAGACAAUUCAUUUAUGGCGGAUGUGAAGGUAAUGAUAAUCGUUUUGAUAGCAGUGAAGAGUGUGAAAGAAAAUGUUUAACCAAAAUAUCAAAGCCUUGGGAAGGACCGGAUGAUUAUGAAUCGAGAGAAGUUGUCUGUCGUCAGGAGGUAGAGUCAGGUCCCUGUACUGAGACUCAAGCUCUUUGGUUUUAUGAUCCUCAAAGUCAUACCUGUUUACCAUUUGUUUACGGCGGAUGUAAUGGAAAUAAGAAUCGCUUUAAGACAUAUGAAUUUUGUAUGAGAUUUUGUUCGGGAAUAUCUCCUCUACAUUCAGUUCCGCCACAAAUUCCUACUGAGAGAAGACCUGUCACUGAAAUACCAUAUGAAUGUUCAGUUGUUGAAUGUGAGGAACAGAGGUGUCCAUUUGGUAUCGAUGACUACAUUGAUGAGAGGGGUUGUAAAGCUUGUCGCUGUUCUAAUCCUUGCUAUGUCUAUCAAUGUCCUGAACACAUGUCUUGUGCUGUUGAGGUAUAUAGAGAUGAAAAGGGAGAGCCAAGAGCUCAACCUGUUUGUAGGCUUAAAAACAAACCAGGGGUUUGUCCGUCAGAUUUAUCAUCAAACAGUUUAACUUCAGAGUGUAUCGAUCGAUGCAGAACUGAUGCCGAUUGUCGUAAAGCUGAUAAAUGUUGUAACAAUGGUUGCGCAAUGGUGUGUGUCUUACCUGAAAACAUAUCAAAUGUUUCAAAAAAUAUCUAUACAUAUGAACCACAUCACCCAAAAAGUGGUGAUACCAAUGAUAAUGAGUUUGUAGUUAUAGCUGGAAGUAAUGUAACGCUUAAUUGCGAAGUCUCGGUGCAGUCAAAUCAGGUUAGGUUAGGUUGGAGUAAAGACGGACAACCAUUUUAUUUGGUUACCGAUAGAAUACAAUUGCUUCCAAAUGGUUCCCUUUGGAUCACUAAUGUUGAUAAAGAAGAUGCCGGUAAUUAUGCCUGUGCUGUGGACAGCGGCACUACUUUACAUUCAAGACUCAUAAUUCAUGAACCGGCACGUAUACUACCCGGUCCACAAAUUGUAAUAGCUCAGUUAAAUUUGCCCUCAUACUUACAAUGUAAUGCUAUUGGAAAUCCAGACCCUAGAGUUACAUGGUGGAAAGGGCAGCAAAUGUUGCCAUUGAAUAGUAUACAAUACAGACAAUUCAGUAAUUUUACAUUACUUAUUAGACGUAUUGAUGAUAAAGAUGGGGGUGUCUAUACAUGUCAGGCAUACAAUGGUUUGGGACCAAUAGCUCUAUGGGAUGUCAUAUUAUUGCUUGAUUCAGAUUCAACUGAACCUGAUAUCAGGCCAUACGAUGCUUCAGCUUUCAACUCGACUAAUAUUAGAGAUAAUACUAACUAUUCAAUUAAUGGCAACAUUCAUCCCAUUGAUCCCAAUUUAAAGCCAAUUAUAACUAACCAAAUGCCUGAGCGCUUGAGUGCAGAUAUAAGAACUUUAUCUUCUGGUUAUACAAUUGGAUCAACACUUGAGUUGGAAUGUGUUGUCAACGGAAUGCAUACGACUAUAGAUUGGUUCUUCAAUAAUGAUAUACCAAUAGUGUCUGAUAAUAGACAUUAUAGGAUACUUCCUAACAAUACUUUAAUAGUAUAUAACUUAUCAUCCAAUGAUUCGGGAGAGUAUAGGUGUCGCGCCUCCAAUCAAUAUACACAAGUGAUUGCAAUGUCCAAAAUACGAGUUGAAAGUCAACAUAUACCGACCGAUUGCGAGGACAGUCCAUUUUUUGCUAACUGUGACCUUAUAGUAAAAGCCAAAUACUGCAAUAACCCUCAUUAUGCAAAGUUUUGUUGCCAUUCGUGUCUUAUUGCCGCUCAGGUCGACAACAAGUGGUAAUCAAAAAUCAAUUGACAGCAAUAUAUCA